AUGAUUAACUUCAAUCGCACCAACAGUCGACACAUAUUGGUCUUUGGCAUGUAUGAUGGAGAGGUGCAUCAGCUCCGCGGCACGGAUGGAGUUAUUGUUGCUACACACAAUGCUGGACCGCUGAUCGGACAUGCCUCCGUAGACAUCACUCAAACAUUAUUCCUCAUCGACAAUGUGAUGAACGGAUUCAGCUUGCACCGACUGGACGACGGAGCGUGCAUCCGAACCUACCAUACCAACCCUGUCAAGACAUUUCCUAAGCAGGUAAUGUUUGGCGAAAAUAUGGACGUAGUGGUUGGAGGCAGUGACGCAGGAGUCAUCUACGUUUUUGACAAGAACAAGGGUACACUUAAGCAAGUGUUAAAACAUGCAAACAAGGCGCGAGUGCAAACUGUGACAACCUACGAUGACGCACAUUAUAGUGUAAUUGUUGGGGCAACAUCACAGAAUGAUGCAGAGGCCAUUAUCUCCAUCUGGAGUCGCCAACGGGACAAUCAUGCGACCCCACAUCGCCUAGGAACCGCACUCAAACACUUCGCGUGGGGAAUUGUUCAGCUAACCAUCGCAAUGGCUCUGUUGAUAUACAUUAGCAAUGUCAUAAGUUGGAUCUAA